AUGCGUCUAUCGAGCACCCUUGUCUUUGGACCUUUGUUGAGCUGUCUUUCAGGCAAUGCCCAUGCUCAUGGCACCGAGCACCGCCACGAGCUCUCUGACGCGUGGCACCUGACAGAUACACACAUCCAUGUCCUUCCUUCGUUUUAUGUUGCCGCAGUGACCGAAGCCGGUGGUGAUCCCUCCGGAUUCCCAACACCCGAGUGGUCCCUGGAAGGCACAUUGCGCAGCAUGGAAAGUGUCGGGUCUAAGAAGGCCGUCUUGUCACUGUCAAGCCCGGGAGUUCCCGUCGUUGGAACUGGGGACAAGGGUCGGGCCCUCUGUCGCAACGUCAAUGACUUCCUGGCCAACAUCACGCAGGAAGCUGGAAACCAUAUAGAAUUCUUCGGAGCCCUUCCGGACUGGCGAGAUGUCGACGGCACUCUAGCGGAAAUCGACUAUAUCUUCAAGAUGCAAAAGGCAGCUGCUGGGGUUGGGAUAUACACUGCAUAUGGGGAUGCCCGGCGAUCCGACCUUUGCUCCGAUCUGGGAGAAGCUUAA